UGCCUCUCUCUCACUCUCUCUGAAUGUGUGAGUGUGUGUGUGUGUGUGUGUGUUUGCAACAGACAGUCCACCCGUUCGGUCAGGGCCGGCCACUCUUGAAAGGGGACAUACUUUGCUUUCUUUCCUGAGCUUGAACUCUGCAGCAGCUCUGUUUCAGAGUUGAUUUCACGCAGGUGCACAGAUGAGUGAGGCGGAGUGGGGCUGAGAGGGUCGGACUAAAGUUUGGAUGCUCCGUGCGAUGCGGGGACAAGCAUCAUGUUAAUGUUGAAAGGGGCACCUGUGUCGCCUUCACUCCGAGGACUACUGGCCGGCAGCCCUGCUCUGUGGUGGCACGACUGGGCCAACUCCACGCUGAUCUGACCGCCUGCUGGGCUUGGAAGUGGAUGGAAAUCUGUGAGGCGUGAAAAUGCGGUUGUGGUGGAUUUUACUGUUGUGUUUUUGGAGUGUCUGUGGAGAACUGCCAUUCAUAGCGGAGAACAACGCAGCUAUGCUGGUCAACUGGAACGCAGUUGAUGGGAACAAAAAGCUGUUCGCCAUCUAUGAUACGAGCGUCAACGAGCCGGGUAACAUGUCUUUUGUCAAAGAAACUGUGGACAAACUGCUAAAAGGAUAUGAUAUCCGUCUCCGGCCGGACUUCGGAGGUCGACCGGUUGCUGUUGGCAUGAGUAUAGACGUGGCGAGUAUAGACAUGGUGUCAGAAGUCAAUAUGGACUACACGUUGACCAUGUACUUCCAGCAGUAUUGGAGAGAUAAGAGACUGGCCUAUGUGGGGAUCCCUCUGAACCUGACCCUGGACAACAGAGUGGCAGACCAGCUCUGGGUCCCCGACACGUACUUCCUCAAUGACAAGAAGUCUUUUGUUCACGGUGUCACUGUGAAGAACCGGAUGAUUCGACUACACCCGGACGGCACUGUUCUCUACGGCCUCAGAAUCACGACGACAGCAGCCUGCAUGAUGGAUCUGAGGAGAUACCCGCUGGACGAACAGAACUGCACUCUGGAAAUUGAGAGUUACGGAUACACGACAGAUGACAUCGAGUUUUACUGGAAAGGAGGAGACACGGCUGUGACCGGGGUGACACGCAUCGAGCUCCCCCAGUUCUCCAUAGUGGACUACAAACUGGUUUCCAGGAACGUUGUCUUUUCCACCGGUGCCUACCCUCGACUUUCUCUAAGCUUCAAGCUGAAGCGAAACAUCGGAUACUUCAUCCUGCAGACGUACAUGCCCUCCAUACUCAUCACCAUCUUAUCCUGGGUGUCGUUCUGGAUAAAUUAUGACGCCUCAGCUGCCAGAGUUGCAUUAGGGAUCACCACUGUCCUGACCAUGACAACCAUCAACACUCAUUUGAGAGAGACUCUGCCGAAGAUCCCCUACGUCAAAGCCAUCGACAUGUACCUGAUGGGCUGCUUCGUGUUCGUCUUCCUGGCUCUGCUGGAGUAUGCCUUUGUCAACUACAUCUUCUUUGGACGAGGUCCUCAGAUGCAGAAGAAACUGGCUGAGAAGGCACUGAAGGCCAACAACGAGCGGGAAAAGUUUGAUAGACCCAAGUCCUUUCAGGAAGGAGGCAAUUGCAAGUCCUCGUCUCUUAAAAUGUCCAAUCAGGUACAAGGGCGUCGUCACUCACGACGGCACACAGAACAAGGACUACAGGGACUCUCUCCAGUCGACACCCCGGGGAACAUUUUGCUGACAACCUUGGAGAUACACAACGAGGUGGGAGAGAACGAGAUCACCACCACCGUGACCGAGACCCACAACUCCUCCUCCUCCACCCUGUACGACAACUCAGGGGUCCUGUACAGGAAGCCGAGCAGGCAGGGCGAGUCAGCGCGCUCCAGCGUGGACAGGAAUGCAUUUCCAAGGAAAUCACGACUGCGGAGACGAUCCUCACAGCUGAAAAUCAAAAUCCCAGACCUCACUGAUGUGAACGCCAUCGACAGAUGGUCACGGAUUAUAUUCCCCUUCUCCUUCUCCCUCUUCAACGUAAUCUACUGGCUUUACUACGUCAAUUAAUGCACGGAUGAUGAUGUUUGUUAAACCCAUUUCUGUUCUUUUCUUGUUUUUGCAUGAAAGGACGCUUCUUUAUUCUGUAAGGAUCAUCCUUAGGAACUUUUUUAAAUCACACGAGUGAGGACUGAUCACAGAUGUGUCACUCAGACUGUGUGCAUCUUUGUAUGUACAGAAACAAGGAACAUUGAUUUUACAAAGACUUCAAUGUACUUUAAAAGACUGACUGAAGUCCCAUGAAGACAAGGGGCACCACAUCGAAAGAAAGAGGCACAGACUCUGUUUUAAAUUAGUACAACUGGAACCCAUAUGUCACUGGUCAAUACAAAAUAACUUAUUGCUAAUUACAAAACAGCUGACAAAGAUGAAUAGCAUUUUUACAUCUCUAAUAGUCUGUAUGCACAUUAGAGCUCGGCCGAUAUAGAUUUGAGGAGAAAAAGACGGUGGCAACAAGACAAGUGGACAAGUGGAACAAUGUACCAAAUGUGAAUAUAGAAGCUGAUUUAGUUGAUUUUUGAGCAUACCUAUAGAUUGUGCACUAAUUCAGUACCAAUAUGCCUAUGCAAAGGAACUCAAGAUGGCUGCUUCAUUUUUCAAAUAACUUUAUUAUACUGUAUGUAGCGUCCUUAAAAUACAAUUCUAGUGCGGACCAACUUAGGGCUCAGCAGAGACGCUCUGCAACAUGUGCUGCAGACAAUGCUAAAAGUAUGGUUAACAAUGGUUUCUUCUCUGCAGGACAAAUUUAUAAUAACGUUAUUUCUAAAACACCCCAAUUGUUUUCUGCACUAUGGAUCUAAAUCACAAAAGAUGCCAUGGUAAACCUGUGCAUAUGCAACAAAAAGACUGUCUAAUUCAAUAAGCCCUGUGAGGAUUAGAUGCUCCCCACACUGAGCUGUAGAGCAAAUAGCAUCUCUGUGCUCUGGUGCUGUUUGGGCGUAUUUAAUUGACUCAUGAUACAGACAUUUGGGGCACAAUUGGCCCUUUUCAAGAAAAAGAGCCUUAUUAGAUAAAACAUUGAAUUUCACUCUAGGAACCACACGGUGCCAGAUCCCACAAGAAAUACAGAAUUUCAAAUACAUGGGUCAAGUCUUUCUCUGUGAAUAUUACUUUACAAUAUGGUUAAUCAAACAUCAGGGAUUAAAUCAGGUCAUGACUCAACCCAGUAAAUAUGCACACAACUGUGUCCGUUUGUGUGGAGACGUCCUGGGUCGUAAUGGCAGGACGGGUGCAGGAGUGGGUUUUUUUUAUCCACACAAGCUGCUCUGUGUGGGCUGUUACAAAAAGGAGCUUUGUUAUAAAGUGUGAAAGUUGUUUUACAACUGUAAAGUGUACUUCACUGCACAAUAAACCUGAGAGAAUGCCCCCCGAUCGGGUUCAUCUAUCUACAUGUGGACAGAAUUGAGCUCCAUCAGAUUGAGAGCUCACAGCUCAGCUCUGCACAGCAGAGAGAGGAGACACUGAUGGCUCUAAUCCACAAUCAGACGCAAAACAGGAGCAAA